UUGAAGCUGUCUGAGUUAUACUUUUCUCCUGUCAAUAAGAGAAAAAACAAACAAGAUGUCUGGACGUGGAAAAACCGGAAAAGCGAAGGCAAAGCCGAAAACUCGGUCUAGCCGCGCUGGGCUGCAGUUUCCUGUUGGUCGUGUCCACAGGCUGUUGAGGAAGGGUAACUAUGCUGAGCGUGUUGGUGCCGGCGCCCCGGUGUACCUCGCGGCCGUGCUGGAGUAUCUGACCGCUGAGAUCCUAGAGCUCGCUGGGAACGCCGCCCGUGACAACAAGAAGACCAGGAUCAUCCCCCGCCACCUGCAGCUGGCCGUCCGCAACGACGAGGAGCUGAACAAGCUUCUGGGCGGAGUGACGAUCGCUCAGGGCGGCGUGCUGCCCAACAUCCAGGCCGUGCUGCUGCCCAAGAAGACUGAGAAAGCUAAAUAAAAUACCACGACCACCUUCAAUAAAUUAAAGGCUCUUUUAAGAGCCACUCACAACCUCUUAAGAGCAGCGUUUUCUUCGAUUUUAGUUGGCACACAAUUUUGGUUAACAGCUGUAUAUUCAGUGUUCUCGGAGCAGUGCCGAGAAAUUUACAAUUACAAUGAUCAAUUGUACAUGU